CUGCUGCCAUGGGGAGCCGUUGAGAGUGGGGCCCUCUUCGCUCCGCCGCGCUCCUCCGGCUGCCAGCGGGGGUUAUGAAGACAGUAUGGAGUUUCCAGACCACAGCAGACAUUUGCUGCAGUGUCUGAGCGAGCAGAGGCACCAGGGUUUUCUUUGUGACUGCACUGUUCCGGUGGGAGACGCCCAGUUCCGAGCGCACCGAGCUGCGCUGGCUUCAUGCAGCAUGUAUUUCCACCUCUUUUACAAGGACCAGCUGGACAAAAGGGACAUUGUUCAUCUGAACAGCGACAUUGUCACAGCCCCCGCCUUCGCUCUCCUGCUUGAAUUCAUGUAUGAAGGGAAACUCCAGUUCAAAGACUUGCCCAUUGAAGACGUGCUGGCAGCUGCCAGUUACCUCCACAUGUAUGACAUCGUCAAAGUCUGCAAAAAGAAGCUGAAAGAGAAAGCCACCACGGAGGCAGACAGCACCAAAAAGGAAGAAGAUGCUUCAAGUUGUUCGGACAAAGUUGAGAGUCUCUCCGAUGGCAGCAGCCACUUGGCAGGCGAUUUGCCCAGUGAUGAAGACGAAGGAGAAGAUGAAAAAUUGAACAUCCUGCCCAGCAAAAGGGACUUGGCGGCCGAGCCUGGGAACAUGUGGAUGCGAUUGCCCUCAGACUCAGCAGGCAUCCCCCAGGCUGGCGGAGAGGCAGAGCCACAGGCCACAGCAGCUGGAAAAACAGUAGCCAGCCCCUGCAGCUCAACAGAGUCUUUGUCCCAGGACGUGCUGAGAAGCAACCUGGUGCAGGUGAAGGUGGAGAAAGAGGCUUCCUGUGAUGAGAGUGAUGUUGGCACUAAUGACUAUGACAUGGAACAUAGCACUGUGAAGGAGAGUGUGAGCACUAAUAACAGGGUACAGUAUGAGCCGGCCCAUCUGGCUCCUCUGAGGGAAGACUCGGUCCUGCGGGAGCUGGACCGGGAGGACAAAGCCAGCGAGGACGAAAUGAUGACCCCGGAGAGUGAGCGAGUCCAGGUGGAAGGGGGCAUGGAGAGCAGUCUGCUCCCCUACGUCUCCAACAUCCUGAGCCCCGCGGGCCAGAUCUUCAUGUGCCCUCUGUGCAACAAAGUCUUCCCCAGCCCCCACAUCCUGCAGAUCCACCUGAGCACCCACUUCUGCGAGCAGGACGGCAUCCGCAGCAAGCCCGCCGCCGAUGACAAGGUGCCCACGUGCUCGCGUUGUGGGAAGACUUUCUCCUGCAUGUACACGCUCAAGCGCCACGAGAGGACUCACUCGGGGGAGAAGCCCUACACGUGCACCCAGUGCGGCAAGAGCUUCCAGUACUCGCACAACCUGAGCUGCCACGCCGUGGUGCACACCCGCGAGAAGCCGCACGCCUGCAAGUGGUGCGAGCGCAGGUUCAUGCAGUCGGGAGACCUGUACAGACACAUUCGCAGGUUCCACUGUGAGUUGGUGAACUCCUUGUCCGUCAAAAGCGAAGCACUGAGCUUGCCUACUGUCAGAGACUGGACCUUAGAAGAUAGCUCUCAAGAACUUUGGAAAUAA